AUACGAUAUACUCCUUUCAUUCCAUACAGUAAAACUUGCAUUAAUAUCUUCAGUAGCAAAUUAAUUUUCAGUACCAGGACAAAGCAAAUGAGUUCUCUGGACUCUAGUCCAAAGAAUACAUAAUGUUUGGGGCAUAUUCUAUGUAUUCUUCAACAGCUGGCCCAUGGCUCUCACUUCUUGUGUGACUUUUAAGCCGUGAACAGAUCCUGUGGUGGGGCUGAGACGCAAGACGCCUCAGCCAUUGUGCUGUGGCCAGGUGGAAGGCAUGAUACUGGCUUGAAGAACGGCUACAAAUGGCAGCUCUCUUGGGUAUCUUCAUGAUUCAUUCUCAGUACCCGUUCAUUGAAGCGACUGAACUCCAAUAAGUCACCAACAAAAUAUCAACAAUGGCAGCUGUGGCCGCCUCAAACAUUGCAUCAGUGAGUUCACUUGUAAAAUGUGGAGUUACUUCUGGAUCAGAGUCGAAAGCACCUCUGAUGAAAUUUGGUUUGAUGAAGAAUACCGUGACUCACAAUGGGUUAAGAUCAUUGAACAAAGUGGAUGAGCUGCGAACCAGAACCAUGGCAAAAGUAACCAUCAGGAAAGCAAGGAGUAAAACAUUCAAGACUGGGAAUGCGAGGACUUCAGAAAUCGUUUGUAGUAGUGGGAUGAAUUUGAUCUUUGUUGGAACAGAAGUUGGUCCCUGGAGCAAAACUGGUGGACUUGGAGAUGUUCUUGGAGGUCUGCCACCAGCAAUGGCGGCCAAUGGGCAUCGUGUCAUGUCUGUGUCUCCACGUUAUGAUCAGUACAAAGAUGCAUGGGAUACAAAGGUGACAGUUGAGCUUCAAGUAGGAGAUCAGAAAGAAACGGUUCGCUUCUUCCAUUGCUACAAAAGAGGAGUUGAUCGCAUUUUCGUGGAUCACCCAGCGUUUCUUGAAAAGGUAUGGGGCAAAACCCGAUCCAAAAUUUAUGGGCCUAUUGCUGGAGAGGAUUACCAGGACAACCAACUUCGAUUCAGCUUAUUAUGCCAGGCAGCUCUAGAAGCACCGAGGGUUCUUAGUCUUAACAGCAGCAAAUAUUUCUCCGGACCAUAUGGCGAAGAUGUUGUGUUUAUUGCCAAUGACUGGCACACUUCCCUGCUCCCUUGCUACCUGAAAACUAUAUACAAACCCAAAGGCAUAUAUAAGAGUGCCAGAGUUGCCUUUUGCAUUCACAACAUUGCCUACCAAGGGAGAUUUGCCUUCAAUGAUUUCUCACUUCUCAAUCUCCCAGAUGAAUUGAAAAGCUCAUUUGAUUUUAUUGAUGGAUAUGAAAAACCCACAAAGGGAAGGAAAAUUAACUGGAUGAAAGCUGGAAUCUUAGAAUCAGACAGGGUUUUAACUGUUAGCCCAUACUAUGCCAAAGAACUUGUUUCUGGUGUAGAUAAAGGAGUGGAAUUGGAUAACAUCCUUCGCAAAACUGGCAUAACAGGAAUUGUGAAUGGCAUGGAUGUCCAGGAAUGGAAUCCAUCAACUGACAAAUAUAUUGGAGUCAAAUACGAUGCUUCAACUGUGUUGAAUGCAAAGCCACUGUUGAAGGAAGCCCUCCAAGCAGAAGUUGGAUUGCCAGUGGAUAGAAACAUCCCUGUCAUAGGCUUCAUUGGUAGACUUGAAGAGCAGAAAGGUUCAGAUAUUCUUGUGGCAGCCAUUCCCCAGUUCAUCAAAGAAAAUGUUCAAAUUAUAGUCCUUGGGACAGGCAAAAAAUCGAUGGAGAAGCAGCUUGAACAGCUAGAGAUACUAUACCCAGAAAAGGCCCGAGGAGUGGCAAAAUUCAAUGUUCCCCUGGCCCAUAUGAUAAUAGCCGGUGCUGAUUUUAUGAUGAUUCCUAGCAGAUUUGAGCCAUGUGGUCUCAUUCAAUUGCACGCCAUGCGUUACGGAACCUUAUCUAUUGUCGCAUCAACUGGUGGAUUGGUUGAUACUGUUAAAGAAGGUUUCACAGGAUUUCAGAUGGGAAGCUUCAAUGUGGAAUGUGAGGCAGUGGAUCCUGCUGAUGUGACUGCAGUGGCUACAACUGUGAAAAGAGCCCUCGCAAUCUAUGGAACUCCAGUUUUCACAGAGAUGAUAAAGAGUUGCAUGGCUCAAGAACUCUCUUGGAAGGGACCUGCAAAGAAGUGGGAGGAGGUGCUGCUGAGUUUGGGGGUGGCUGGAAGUGAACCUGGAGUCGAAGGGGAGGAAAUAGCUCCACUUGCCAAGGAAAACGUUGCAUCUCCUUGAGAGCAAUCGAAGUUCCCAACAUUGUCUCUGCUAGUAAAACCCCACUACACAGCAGGGGAAGCAUUCCAAAAGCUCACACAAGAUCUUUCUAUCGAUUUUCUAACGAAGAUGUCUUAUUUAUUGUUUAUUCUCACCAAAAGUUGUUUUGGUGAGUACAAGUAAUGGUAGGAGGAAACGUUAACACAUCUUAUGCAUAAUCUCAUGGAUUUCAUAGCAAAAGCCCAAAACAAAUCCUUGUAAACUGGAGAGUGUACAUUUUCCACUCUACUAUCUGUCCAUCGCGAGUAAACCAAUCUUGUUAUAAUCAGACAUCCUAUUAAUAUCCUUAA